AUGGCGCAAACAACGAAUAGAACGGGGCCAAGUGUCCUGAAAGUAUUGAUCACUUCCUACUUUCCAUAUUCAAGCACCGAUUGUGCUCGGAAUGUGUUCAAAUCCGGCCCUUUCUGUUACAUGCCGGGACUCAUGAACGAAGUAGGCGAAAUUGACGAUAACUUUUGGUGUUCUAGAUCAUUGGACUUCUCGCUGACAUAAUGGAAUGCAAAAUUGAGCCGGUGUUUCUCGGAAAGGUUCUAAACGAAUACGACAGUUACACUGCGGUAAGAAAUACAGUCGAAAGUAACGUAAGAAAGGCCGGCAGUCCUUGUAACGGGGUGUCGAUUUUCUGACAAAAAUUUUCGGUGAUCUUUAAAGGAACAGAACGCCCCAUUCUUGCAAUGUGACUGAUUUUAGUCUCCUUUACAUAUUUUCUUAUAUUGAGUAACGCCAUCAAUUUCAGGCAGUCGGUCAGUAUGGGAAUGAAAUAAAGGAGAUGAUAAACAAUGGUACAGUCGACACGGCGGCUAUAUCCGUCGAAUACACAAAGCAAAGAGCGAGGGAUUACUUGUUAAGUGACCCUGUCUAUUAUGUAAGCCCCUUGCUUACACCUUGGCAAUGCUGCAUUAUUUAAGAUAAACCCUCGGUUCCUCGUAAAAAAAGAAGACUUUGGGCUUGGCUGGUGGAAUAUGUUCAAGGUCUAUGACAAGAACACUUGGGCUAUAAUGCUCGCUUUCCUGACGAUACAAUGCGUUGUCUGCGGAGUGAUUCAAAGUGUCCAGAACAGGUUUGUCCCGCAGAAAGAGCGGAUCUGCGAUGUGAGUCGGGGGUUCUAAGUGAACUCUGUCCUGCCUAACUGUUAGAAACUAUGCUUUGUUUUUUAGAAAGUGUGGGGCACGUUGAGAAUUCAGUUGCUCCAAGGGCACAAUCUCAAAUUUCGUUUUUUCUCCGGAAACCUUACCGUUCUGGUAUUUGCACUCUUCCAAUGUGCUCUUAUUAUUGGAGUUUUUACCUCGUAUUUCCUCUCAAUUAUGGUCCGUAUUGACAAAAUGUCAGAGACCGAUUCUCAACAACGAAUCGAAAACUAUGUAAAACAUGAGCACAAAAAGUUGAUCGCAACGGCCAGAAACUCAUGGCUUCAAGAAAAACUGGACUCAGCGAUCGAUACGAUGUUCCCUAAUCUGGCGGGGAAGGACAGAAUACUGCAGUUGUAUGAAAGUGACAAGAGUAAGCACCAAAAAUUGAUCACAUACAAUAGAGCUGGGUCUUACUUCCGUUUCAGAAGCCGUUGAUGCUGUAGCAAGAGACGACGGAAUUUUAUUCUCACAAGACGAUGAGCUCUCUUAUUUCCUAGCCAGCAAAGAUUGUGGCAUAGAGAAGAUAUAUGUUCCGAUCGAUCUGACGUCUUCUCGUUUGUUGUUCCGGAAGGGUUAUCCGUAUAUCCAUAAGGUCAACCAGGCCUUGCAAAUCGCGAAGACAAAGAUUGUAGAAAUCCACAAAACAUAUUCGGUAGACCGGACGAUAAUCACGCAAUGCAGUCAUUUCAAGAUCGGCGAUCCGUUGCGUAAGAGAAGUCGCUAAUUUUACGAUAACCCCAAAAUUUCAGGGCUCAUGUCGUAUUUUGGUGUGCUGAUCAUAUGCGCCGUUGGGAUGGCGAUUAG